AUGAAAAUGUACAUUGCUAAGACAUUGUAUGGUGAUGAUGAUGAUGAAGAGGAUACUCCUAAAAAUAACAACACUGUGGAGGAGCCAAAAUUCUUAGGUUUGCAUCCUUCAUCAAAUGAAAAGGUUCUGUUGAAAAAUGGUCCUUAUGGAUACUAUGUGCAGCUUGGAGAGGACAGGAAGGGAUACUCGCCUAAAAGAGCCUCUGUUUCUCAACUGCAAUUCUGUUUCUUCAGCCUUGGAUAUUGGCUUCCUCCAAAUGUGUCCUCAGCCUUUGUUGUCCUCAAGCGUGCCCUUGGGCAAAUCCUUAAACAAAUAAAAGAUGUUGGUUCAGUGACCCUUGAAGCUGCUAUUGAGUUACUGCGUUAUCCUGUGACACUGGGAAACCAUCCAGAGGAUGGCCAUCCAGUUGUAUUGAAGCUAGCAAGGUUUGGAUUUACUAUUAGACAUCGGCACACAAUUGCUUCUGUACCCAAGAACUUGAAGCCAAAUGAUAUAACUCUAGAGAGAGCUUUGCGACUUUUGAAUAGCAAAGACGUUAGAAGAUGUGGCAGGCCCAAGAACAAACCAAGGAUUGAAGAAGCUAUCGAGGCCUUUUAG